GUAGUCUCCAAAGAUGGCUAAUUUUUUAGAUUCCGGCCACGAUAGUGUUCCUGGUGGCAAGAAGAAAAUCAAGAAAGGAUUUAAAUGCGAUCGGCGUGAAAACUAUCAAAAGAUGAUCGCCAGAAAGGUAACGGGUAAGAAUAUCAAGAACACUAAAGCUAGUAACUCAUCUCCCCAUGUACACAGUAUAACUUUCGAUGAAUCCUCGCGUCGUGAGUAUCUUCUGACCUUGCACAAAAAAAAGAACGAGCGCCGUGUGCAAGCAUUUGUGGAUUCCAAGCGAAAGAUAAGACGCGAAAAUGCGAAGACGCGCCAGCAGCAGCGCGAGGAGGCCCGUUUAGCCUACAAUAACUACGCGAAGAUCCCAAUUCUACCGAACUACACCUUCGGCUUCAGUAAAGACCCCGAAGAUGGCGAAGAGGAGUUCACAGGUGAUGCCAAUGGAGGGGGGAUGUGCGGGGAAAGUAUUCAUUCGGUCCCGUCGGCGAUGGAAGGUCGGGGCGCGGACGCCGGCGAUGUGGAUUUUGCCAGCCUCGCGACUGUCGAGGUGAAGCCGCUUUUUGAGCAGCGACCGGGCGCGGCCGGGGGGUCUCGCCGCGCGGCCCUGCCCUCGGCAGACUUUUCGGAUUUGCCCGCCGUCGUGGAGGAGGAGCUUCGCCGACUGCAGCGCGAGACGAAAGGGCCGAGUAAAACUAAGCCAAAGAUCCACAUGCUAAAGGAGCUCGAAAAGAUUCGUAAGAUUAAAAAGCAUUCCCGAAAAGGUCAUGGAAAGAAGACCACGUCAGGAAAGCGGAAAAAUCGGAAAAAGUAGUUCUCUCUAUAAGUGGAUAACCUUUAAAAAAGGGGACUAUUGCCUCGUUACAAAUCUGAAGCCGUUAAGAGAAAUCAAGGGUGUAUCCUUAUUGUUUCUAAAAA